CCCCCGGCGGCAGGGUUUUUCCCCCGGCGGAGGCGGGGGAGACGGCUGGGCAGCAGGCUCUCGUGGCGGGAGCGGCAGCAUCGGCAGCAGCACCGGUGGCGAGAGGGGGACCACCGGCAGUCAUGUGUUCCCCGCGACGCCGGCGGUCGGGACGGCUGGGGUGCGGGCAAUUGCGGCUAGAGCGGGCUUUUUCCCCGGUGGAGGCGGGGGAGACGGCCGGGCCGCAGGCUCUCGUGGCGGGAGCGGCAGCAUCGGAAGCAAUACCGGCGGCCAGAGGAGCGACCACCGGCAGUCAUGUGUUCCCCGCGGCGGCGAUAGGAGUGGUUACCGCGACGGUGGCUACGGAGGGUGGACUCUGGGCUACCGCACGCCAUGAGCCAACCCGGCAGACGGCCAUCCGUCAGCAGCGGCUCAUGUAGAGAACGUUUCUCCGCAAAGGAGUUACGUAAGCUCCGCCCGAAAAAGAACAGUCCACGACCGGCACCGAGUGGAUGAAAAAUAUCAUUCUCCUCACGCCCCUGUGUAUAUGCCCUACUUUUCUCUUCUGGCGAGGACAUCCUACUACAAUGCCGAGAGUGCUUGCUGAUCUACUGCUGUACGUACGUACAUCUGGUUACGCACGAACACAGCCAAAUACUACUCCUAGACUAGACGAUAUCACCCAGAACGCGCUCCGCUCUUUGUUUGCAUGCGAGCGGACCCCAGUCUAGCUUUCUUUCCUCUCCCCAGAAAAUGAGCGGGACAGGAGGUUGACGGGAGGGGAGGGAGGCAGAGGGCGUAUAAUCUGCGUUUUUGUUUCCUCCCGUCUGAACAUGGGAUAGAACUACUG